GCGACCCCCCAUCGCUGAGGAUUAGACAUGUCUCCCAGCAUCACACUCUUGGACUGCUUUUCCCCAAUGCUGUGCCACUGCAAGGUAGCAUGCACCAACGGCACCAUCUCGCUCAUGUUCGGAUGCAAGAAGUACCGGCUUCAAGAUGAAGACGUCACCUCUCCCGCACCACACGGAACUCCCCCUCACCACCGGGGGGCGCAAGAGCAUGGAGCGGCACCUGAGCUGGUCCAGGUGUCAGAGAAGAACAUCUCCCAGAUCCAAAAUGUCCACGGAUAUGUCUCCCACUCACACAUCUCGCCUAUGAGGGUAGAGUCUCUGGACUUUGACGAGCCGUCUGGUGGAGAGGAGGCGCCAGCUCCACCCUUCUCCUCGCUGUACGCUCACAGCCACACCCUACAGCAGGCAAGUCCAGCACCAGUGGUGGUGAACACAGAGAGCAUUGACGCGCCUUACAUAGACUCACCUGCAUACGUCAAUGGAACCGAGGCAGAUUACGAGUUUGAGGAGAUCACUCUGGAGCGGGGGAAUUCCGGCCUGGGCUUCAGUAUUGCAGGAGGGACAGACAAUCCUCAUAUCGGAGAUGACCCCAGCAUCUUCAUCACCAAGAUCAUCAGUGGGGGAGCUGCUGCCAUGGACGGACGCCUCAAGGUGAAUGACUGCAUUCUGAGCGUGAAUGAUGUGUGUGUGCGAGAGGCAACGCACAGUCAGGCGGUGGACGCCCUUAAAGAGGCCGGCGCCAUCGUCAGACUCUACGUACGACGACAGAAAUACCUGAGCCACAAAAUCGUCGACAUCAAACUCAUCAAAGGACCAAAAGGUCUGGGCUUCAGUAUUGCUGGUGGUGUGAGUAACCAGCACAUACCCGGAGACAACAGCAUCUACGUCACAAAGAUCAUCGAGGGGGGAGCGGCACACAGAGACGGGAGACUGCAGACAGGCGACAAACUACUGGCAGUAAACUGUGCGUGUCUAGAGGAGGUGACCCAUGAGGAGGCUGUGGCAGCGUUGAAGAGCACACCUGAUGUGGUCUACCUGAAAGUGGCCAAACCCUCCAGCGUGGUCAUGAGCGACAGCUCUGCCCUGCCUGACAUCACCAGCACGUAUUCCCCGCACGUGGACAGCUACAUUAGCCCCCCCGGUCACCUGACACCCCCCACACCCGGACACUACUCCCCCCUCCCCACAGGCAUGCUGGGAGAGGAAGACAUCCCAAGAGACCCUCGUCGCGUGGUGCUGCAUCGGGGCAUGACGGGGCUGGGCUUUAACAUUGUGGGCGGGGAGGACGGGGAGGGCAUCUUCAUCUCCUUCAUCCUCACUGGAGGACCAGCUGACCUCAGUGGAGAGCUGAGGAAAGGGGACCGCAUCCUCUCUGUGAAUGGUGUGGACCUCCGCAGUGCCACUCAUGAACAGGCAGCGGCAGCCUUGAAGAAUGCUGGACAGACGGUCACCAUUGCAGCGCAGUACAGUCCAGAGGACUACAGCCGUUUCGAGGCGAAGAUCCAUGACCUCCGGGAGCAGAUGAUGAGCAGUGCCGUCUCUUCUGCUUCCGGGUCGCUACGCACCAGCCAGAGGAAGAGUUUCUACGUCAGAGCUCUAUUUGACUAUGAUUCGCGGAGGGAGUCGAGAGGCGCGUCCCCGACACUGGACUUCUGUUUCGGGGACAUCCUGCAUGUGGUGAACGCGGUGGACGACGACUGGUGGCAGGCGAGACGCGUCACGGCCCACGGAGAGGAGGAGGACAUCGGGGUCAUCCCCAGCAAGAGGAGAGUGGAGCUGCAGGACCGUUCACGGUUAAAGACGUCCAAAUCCAAACAUAGAGAGAAAGCGGCCAGCCAUGAUGACAGAGGCCUGAAGCAUGUCACCUUUAACUCCAGUGAUAGUGACAGUAGUUACCAUGGCAAUUGUGGUCAGGAGGAGUGUUUCUCUUAUGAAACAGUUUGUCAGCAGGAGGUGAACUACAUGCGUCCUCUGAUCAUCCUGGGACCAAUGAAAGACCGGGUCAACGAUGACCUCAUCACAGAGUUCCCCGACAAGUUUGGGUCAUGUGUCCCUCACACUACUCGUCCGCGGCGGGACUAUGAGGUGGACGGUCAGGACUAUCACUUUGUGAUGUCACGAGAGCAGAUGGAGAGAGACAUUCAGGAGCAGCGCUUCAUCGAGGCCGGCCAGUACAACUCCCACCUGUACGGAACCAGCAUCCAGAGCGUCAGAGAGGUGGCAGAGAAGGGUCAGCACUGUAUUCUGGAUGUGUCCGGUAAUGCCAUCCAGAGACUGCAGCAAGCUCAACUCCACCCAAUCGCCAUCUUCAUCAAGCCCAAAUCUGUGGAAAAUGUGCUGGAGCUAAAUAAACGGCAGUCAGAGGAUCAGGGCCGUAAAACACUGGAGAGAGCCAUGAGGCUGGAGAUGGAGUUUACCCAACACUUCACAGCGAUGGUGCAGGGGGACACUCUAGAGGAAGUGUACAGUGGCGUGAAGCAGAUCAUCCAGGAGCAGUCGGGACACUACAUCUGGGUGCCCACCUAGGACAAGCUGUGACUCUCCACACUACAACUCCCAGGCUGCAUUUCACUGGUUACACUUCAGCACACAGACUACACGUCCCAGACUGCAUUUCACAGGCUGCACAUCAGCACACAGACUACAGCACCCAGACUGCAUUGCACAGGCCACACACAGUCUACAACUCCCAGGCUCCAUUUCACAGGUUACAGUUCAGCAAACAGACUACUGCUCCCAGACAGCACUUAACAAGCUACAUUUCAGCUAAUAGGCAAGUCACAGUGUGCUACAUGUCCCAUACUGUAUUUCACAUACUACGUGUCCCAUACUGCACUUCACACACUAUGUGUUCCAUACUCCAGUCCCACAUGUGAUAUACAUAUCACAUACUAAAGAUCACAUACUACAUAACACAUACUAAAGUCACAUACUACAUAUCAUAUGCUAAAGUCACACACUACCUAUCAUGUACUACAUAUCACAGGUCACAUACUACAUAUCAUAUACUAAAGUCACACACUACCCAUCAUACAGUAUAUUACAUAUCACAGGUCUCAUACUGCAUAUCACAUUCCAAGGUCACAUAUCACAGAUCACAUACUACACACCAGAAAAGUACACAUACUGUGCUACAUGUCACAUACUACUUGUCAUAUACUACAUGUCAGACCACAUGUUAAAUACUACGUGUCAGACAGACUACACGCCUUCACUUCUGUUUUACUGAGUUGGUCUAACUCACAACUGCCCAUCUCUUUCUCUAUUGCUUCCUUUCAUUACACCUCUCUCUAUCCCUUGUUUCUCUCUUUCAUUACACCUCUCUCUAUCCCUUAUUUCUCUCUUUUAUUACACCUUUAUACUCUCUUGUUCCUUCUCUAUUGCUUCCCGUUAUUAUAACUCUCUCUCCCUCUCUUAUUAUUGCUCUCAGUCUAUCCAUUCUCUUUUAUUCUUCUCCUCUAACUUCUCUCUCUCUUCUUAGCUCUCGCCCAUAUUUCAUUCUCUCUCUCUCUCUCUCUCUCUCUCUCUCUCUCUCUCUCUCCAUGUCUCUCUCUCCCAUGCUGCCCUGUGUGCUGUUAUGUAAUUGUAUGAUUCCUUAAUGUUUAAGGGAGGAGGGGACCGUUGUUUACUGAUGGCAUUAUUAGAUUUUUUCUUUUCUUUUUUUAAAUAACCGAAGUAAUACCUUGUAUGUUUGGUGCACUAAAAAAGUUCUGAAGCAUAACUUUGCACGUUGAGCAUGUUUAGACUCAUUUCUCCAUUGCUAUGUUGGUUUUCUCUCAAAUGUAUUUUUUCAGAGAUGUGUUAUCUAAGAGAAAUGUAUAAAUGGCACACUCUUCCUUCAUAUCAUCUUUUACCUCCAUGUGGACUUGGACAUGGAAUACUCACUCACUCACUCUCACACACACACUUACACACACACACACACACACACACACACACACGUGCACACACACUUACACACACACACACACACACACACACACACACACACACACACACACACAGACACAAACGCACACAUACACAUACACAGAGGGUUGUUUCUCUGUGCUCUGCAUUGCAUUCCUCUCUAGCGACUCUUCCACUCUUCCAUUCAUGAUUGUGUUAUCAAGUAAAGGUGCUUUAGCUACGAUCUGACACAACACACAUCACUGAAUGAAGCUACAGGUGUUUUUGUGCUCAUGGGAACAAAGAGCACCAAUGCAAAAAUUGAAGCGAUUCAUUGUACACUAAGAAACUGAACAGAUAUUUAACCAUCAGUAAACUGCCUAUUUUGUUAUAAUAAAACACUAAUUACGCUUUACUUACA